GGUGUUAUUUUAAAAACAUAACUAGUCGAAAGUGGACGAGAGCUUUCAGCUAUUUUCGUUUUAUUAUGGGGUUGUGGUAAAAAAAAUGUGUCUCCAGCAUUUCCAGUGGACGCCAGUAGUGUCGGUUCGGUGUUGACGCGAUGUGGACGUGCGCCGGAGUGUUGUUUCUGGUAGCGGGCGCGUGCGCGAUCACGCGGGACCAGUUCUACCCGUACGGGUCAGGGCUGGACCAAAGGUUGCCUAAGGGCAACGAGGUGCCCUCCCCUGAAGUGACUUUGAAAGUACCCAUCAUAUUCUACGGAGAAACGUACGGGACCCUUUUCGUAAACAACUUUGGUAUAAUUUCCUUCAGGGCUGACAUCCCAUCGUUUUUAAAUGCAGAAUUCCCGCUGCCCUACCCAUCCAUAGCAGCAUUCUACACCAACGUGGACACUACAGAAUCAGGAACGGUCUACUAUAGAGAAACAGAUGAAUCCCACGUGCUGUCCAAAGCAGAGGAAACAGUUCAGGACAAUUUCCACGAUUACUAUGACUUUAAGCCUACCAGCGUCUUCAUAGCCACUUGGAUCGAUGUUACAUACACACGGAGAAAUAACAAUGAACGCCAACGCAGGAACAGCUUCCAAAUUGCAGUGAUCAGCAACGGUACCGAAAGCUUCGUAGAACUAUUGUAUCCCGAUCGAGAAAUACAGUGGAUACAAAGAGAGCCCGAAGAACUGAGUCUGCCUGAUGCUAAAGCGCAAGUGGGCUUCGUCGCCGAAGAUGGUCGCGUUUAUACAGUCAGAAAUUCGGGUAGUGAUCAAAUUCGGAAUGUUAUCGCGUGGUCGAACACUCAAGAGCCUGGUAAAUACGCUUUCCGUGUUGGAAACAUACCUCCUGAUAGUAAUAUUGCUGUACCCGAUCAAUACAACCAAACCGACAUCGACCUCGAGGAAGAGUCUAAAACAUGUGCUCAAAGUGGACCCAGCAUCUGCCACAUGCAGGCCCGUUGCGUCGAUUAUGAAGCUGGCAUUUGCUGUCAGUGCAAUGAAGGAUUCUACGGCAAUGGUAAAUCAUGCGUGAAAGAUGAUGUACCACUUAGAGUGCAUGGGAAAUUGAAUGGUAUCAUAAACGGUGUGAAUUUAAAUGAUGUAGACAUACAAGCUUACGUAGUCGUCGCUGAUGGCAGAUCGUACACUGCGUUGUCUCUAGUACCGCCUGUUAUCGGUAGCACUCUUCAAUUUUUAACCGUUUUGGACACUACAGUUGGCUGGCUCUUCGCUAAACCCAGUGGUGGAGCUAAAAACGGUUACCAAUUAACGGGCUCCUUAUUUAAUCACACUGCAGACAUUUACUUUAGUGGAACAAAUGAAAUGAUUACAAUUAAUCAAGAAUAUUUGGGUCACGAUGUAUUUGACCAGAUUACAAUAGAAGUAUAUGUGCAAGGGACGCUACCUGCUCUUUUAAACGAAACGAAGCUUGAUAUAUCAGAAUUCGAAGAACAAUAUACGAUUGUCGAACCCGGUGUGGUUCGCUCGCAGUCAACUCGGAAAUUUACCAACAGACUCACGCAACAGCAAUACGAACAAAAGGUAUCACAAAGUUUCACCUACAGCCCUUGCCGAUUCGCACCAAUUAGCGACGACGACAAAACACUGACUACAAUGAAAAUCACAAAGAACUAUCUUGGCUAUGAAGUCGGCGAAAAUGUAGUUAGAUACGGGACGAGUAACAAAAUAUCGCCGAUAGGGCAACAAGAUCCAUGUAUAGAAGGCCGGAAUUCUUGCGGGCCGCAUAGCUCGUGUGUAGUGCAAGGCGAUACGUUCACCUGCGAAUGUCAGUCAGGUUUCUCCAAUAUUUUCCACGAGGACUCCGUCGCAUGCAUCGAUGUAGACGAAUGCGCCGCUGGAACUCACAAUUGUGACGUAAACGCUGACUGCUUCAACUACGACGGAGGAUUUCAAUGUGUAUGCCGAGGUGGAUUCGAAGGCAACGGCUUUACUUGCCAAACAACGUCGUUAUGCAAAAAUAAGAAUUGCCAUCCUAACGCUCAGUGUGCGUUAAACUACUUAGGAGAGCCUACAUGUGUUUGUAAGGCUGGCUACACAGGCAACGGUAUUCAAUGUUGGCCUGUGAUCCCGUGCAACAACGCCUGUUCUCCGGAUGCCUCUUGUGUCAUAUCUGAAAAGACCAGAAGUUAUGAAUGUAGAUGUCACGUAGGAUAUUCUGGUAACGGUUAUUAUUGCACAGAAGAUGAGUAUACUACGACGCCGACAGCACCUACAGUGACUGAGGCGGUUUACAACGAGACAAUUGUGCUGCCACACUGUGACGACUCCGGCUGCGUUUGUCCAGCAGGUUAUUCAAGUUACCGCGACAGUUUCGAUAACGAAUUAUGCCACCUUGGUACCUAUAUACCUGAUGUUGAAAAAUCUACAAACGAUACCACACUCAAGUGUUCACACGAUGGCGAUUGUCCUCCGAAUGCAAUUUGUUAUUACACAAAUACUAAGACACCAACAGAGGAUUUAGGACACUGUGUAUGCCCUGAAGGAUACGAGGGUGACGCUUACGAAUGUAUCGAGCGAACUAGCUACGAGUGCCAUUGCGGUCCCAACGGUCACUGCAUCGAUACACCGACUGGGCAGUACCUUUGCGUCUGCAACAGCGGCUACCACGGCGAUGGCUACGAAUGUCGGCCAAACUUUAUCUGUAACAACGACUCCGAUUGCGAAUACAACGCAGAAUGCCGUCUGGACGACACCAGCGGUGCGUACAUUUGUCAAUGCGUAGACGGCUACGUGAAAGACCAGAACGAUGCCUGCAUACCCGGCCAAUUGUGCAACGGAGCACAAUGCGUUCAGCACGCGAGCUGCUUGUACGACAACGAGAUUAAUGUCCACUACUGUCAUUGUAAUGACGGUUAUGAAGGUGACGGCGUGUCUCAGUGUUUACCAGAACAAAGAUAUCCAACGGUCACGACGUGCAACGACAUUAACGACUGCAGCAUUGACGCUGUUUGCGCACCAGUCGAAAACACAUACCAAUGCCAAUGCAGGGAGGGAUACGUCGGGGACGGGUAUACUUGUACUCUAGAAGAGAAUUGUAGAAAUACUCCAAAUCUCUGCGAUAGUCACGCGUCAUGUUUAAAACGAGGUGAUGAGUAUGGGUGCGUAUGCAAUGCGGGAUAUAGUGGAAACGGCAGCAUUUGUCAACUGAACCCAAGACAGACUGGCAACUUCAUAGUAGUGAGUGACGGUGCAUCUGUGUACCGCGUACCAUUCCACAUCAACUCUAGACAAUAUCCAACCCCAAUAAACAGUGCUGUCUACCAAACAGCAGUAGGAAUUGAUAUAGACUGUCAAAAAGGAUCGAUUUAUUGGGGCGACGUGAUUGGUAAUAGCAUAAAAAGUGCAGCGUAUGAUGGCUCAGGAUUCAACUUUUACCUGCCAAACGACGUUAAAGCACCAGAAGGCAUUUCUGUCGAUUGGGCAGCAAGGAACAUAUUUUGGACGGACUCGAAGAAAUAUACAAUUGAAGUUGCCAACAUUGACACAAAAGUGAGGAAAGUAUUAUUCUCUGGAACAGGCAUCAGCAAUCCAAGAGGUAUCGCCGUGCAUCCAGAGAAAGGCAAAGUAUUUUGGUCUGACUGGAACCGUUCGGGCCCAAAGAUUGAAUGGGCAAACAUGGAUGGCACUCAAAGGGGCAUUUUCCUGGACCAGAGCGAUGUAAAACUACCUAACUCUUUGGCCAUCGACUGGGCGAGAGACAGAUUAUGUUACGCCGACGCUGGUCUAUUUGCAAUCAAAUGCGUGGGCAUCGAAAACAUGGAAAAAGUAACAGUUGCAACCAAUUGCUCGUACCCCUUCGGAUUGGCCAUAACUGGAAACAAAUUCUAUUGGACAGAUUGGAGAACGUUACAAAUAGAAUACAUAGACAUUACCACCCAAGUGCGAGGCCAUAUAACGAUCUCGAAGCCGACGAGGUUGUAUGGCAUAGCGGUGGCUCCUGACCAGUGCCCGCCAGCGAUGAACGUGUGUCAGUACUGGAACGGGGACUGUCGGUCCAACGAGCUCUGUCUACCCAACGGACAAGGCAGCCGGACGUGUCUCAGGGGCGAUGGGGUUUAUGAAGAGAAUCAAAUCCUUUAGUUUAUAAGCUGAACGUAAUGCCACGUUUUGGUGGUAAUGCUUACUUGUUAACACAGUACAUUUAGACAUACUGUCGAUUUUCGACUAGCUUUAGCUUUAUAGAACGCCAUCUAUGUCAUUCAAAAUUAUCAAUCAAUCAAUCAAGGGCUUGUCUUUGCCUGCCAGAUGAUGUGUGGGCGGGCGAGGUAGGGGCCUCGGGACGUACCCCAUUACCCCGGCUUCUACUCCGGAGGCGACAACCUCCGGGUCGCUAGUUUUGCAGCCGGCAUACACUGUUGGUCUGUGUAUGCCGGCGUGGUGUCUCAUAAUUAUAAUGUAAAGAAACAAAAUCUUAUGUUAGGAAUGAACAGAUGGCGCUGUAUGAAGUCGUAGUUAA